AUGAACCAGCAGAAGAACCAGCAAUCGAAGGAAUCCACAGGGCCCAAAGGAUCGGGUGAAAUUGUCGGAUUCUGCCGAAAGUUGUUCCGUUCGGGAACUGGUGCCGUAUCCUCCUGGAAGCUGAAGCUGGAUGCCACGUCGGCUGCCAAUGGUGCUCAACUGGGUUGGUCAUCGGAUGACAACAUCGGUCGUUGUAAAGAAGAAGGUGAAGAAGAAAAAGAAACAAAACUCUGUCUGAAAUACGGACAUCCCAAAAUUAAAUGCUUGGCAGAAAAGGCGUGCAUAGUUUGCUCUGGCACGCACAGCAGCGAAACUUGUACUGCCAAAACGAAAUUCUGUGCAAACUGCAAGGGAAAUCACUCUCCGCUCGAUAGAAACUGCCCCGUUUAUUUGUACGAAACUGCUGUCCUAAAAGUGAAAACAGAGCAGAAUAUCACACUGGAUGCCGCCCGUAGGAUUGUUCAAACGCCAAGUACCACCAGCUACGCAGAGAUAGUUAAAAACCACAACGAUGUUUUCAACCAGCAGAGGAAAAAGCAGCAGCCGAAAAAAAUCACCGCACCGACCGAAUCAAACCAACAGAUGGAGCAACAACAACAACAGCAGAACCAAAAACGGAUUCAUCACACGACAGAACCAACAAUACAUUCGAUCGUUUCGCCGCCCCGCAAGAAAUCGACCCCUCAAGCUUCGCCAAUCACCUCAGGUGACAAGGCUGAAGAUGACCCACAGCAACAACAAAACGAUACCCUCAUCAAUUCCGAGACUCGGAAAUUGACACGAGAAACAAAUCGUGUUUCUUCCCCAACCCCUUCCACCUUAUCCAAAACCGCCCUCCCACCUCCUUCUAAUCCUAAACCCAAACAUGAUCCUCGGCAAAAUUAUACUUUUAUGAAGUGA